UACUGCGUUUGGCUUGUUGCAGAGUAUUUACAAUAAAAUUUACUUAAAAUCUCUUCUUAUCAAAUUUUUUACUAGAAAUUGCUUGUAAUCAUGAUAGAAGAAGACAAUAAAACAGUGUGGUGUGGAAAUCUAGCAGAACAAGUGACGGAGGAAUUACUAUACGAAUUAUUCUUGCAGGCCGGGCCGCUGGAAAAGGUUAGAAUAGCCCGAGAUCGAGAUGGUCGCCAAAAGAAUUUUGCAUUUAUCACGUAUUGUCACGAAGUUUCCGUGCCUUACGCGUUGAACCUGUUUAGAGGGACUUCCUUAUUUCAUCGGACACUAUCGUUACAGAGUAGAGGGCGGACGGUGACAUUGCCGCCGCCUAUUAGAUGUUACGGAUUAGAACCACCUUUAGAAUUUCCUCAACAGGGCAAUAUUGCCCAACAAUUUGUUGAAAUGGCAGACCAUUUAAAAGAAGAUGAUUUCAAAUUACCGAAUCGUCAGGGACAUGACUCUACUGAUAGAUUGGUUGUCGCCAGUUUACAGGGUAACUGGUCCCAUCGCCACCACCCAUAUAGGCCUAAUAAUGACAAGUCUCUCAGAGACGAUUACAGACCAAAUAGAAACAAAGAUAACAGAAACAAACAUUCAUCAAACUGGAGAGACAGGAGGAAUAAGAAAAGUGGCUACCACAGAUAAUAAUGUCAUUUUGAUAAAUUCCACUGUACAUAUUUUUUACCUAUGUAAAAAGAAAUUAAGGAUGGGUACAAUAUUAUUUGUAUUAUUUUUGUAAAGUUUUAAAUGAUACAUUUUAUUGAUGUCACUUUGUUGGUUAAACUAUCUUGAUAGUGAUGUCUUGUGUAUGUCUCAGAGACUCAGGCUAACAUAAAUAAAUAAAUAAACACCUCAGACUCAGGCAUGACUUCAUGCAAAUAUUAUGUUCAUGGCAGAAAUGGAAACUUGGUAAAGACU